AUAAUGGGAACCAUUUUCAGUAACAAGAAAAACACCAAUGUCUACUCCAACAGAAAGUAUAUGACGUUGGCUACGAUGAAGCUGAAAAGAACGUCGCCGUGCAAAGUUCGCGGCAACAGGUGUGAUAGAACAUCUAGACACACGUCCCAGUGGGUACACGUCCCCCUUCCAAGUGAACAUCCCAGACCUCCCGGCUCCAAUGAGGUCGCCGGUGUCUUUGUCGCUCAGCAAUUCAUUAUUGGCGAUAUCCGUCAGUUGUGCACAUCACGGGGCCAACCACGGCAGAAAUGCAUACUAACAGAUGUUGAAGGGCAAUGGUAUCAUAGAAGACAAUGCACAAAAAGACAUUCAAAUGCAAACUCAAUCACAAGCUCUGUCGCUCUAAUUUCCUGAUUUCCUCCAUAGUUUCUUGAUAAAU